GGAAUCAUGAGUGGACGGACUGUGCCAAGUUCUCAGGCCUGUGAAAACUAACCUGAGCCACCAUGGCGGAGCAGCGCCUUCCGGUACCCCGGCAUCGCUUCGUGUCGCGGGAGCAGUUCAUGGAGCAUCUUUACCCACAGAGAAAGCCCCUUGUGUUAGAAGGACUCGACUUGGGACCUUGUACAAGCAAGUGGACAGUGGACUACCUGAGCCAAGUUGGAGGGACGAAGGAAGUGAAGAUUCAUGUUGCUGCGGUUGCACAGAUGGACUUCAUCAAACUUUACCUUUUAACAAGUUGGUCCAGAGAGCAGCCGAAGAAAUGCAUAAGGAAUUCUUCAUCUCAGAGGAUGAGAAAUACUACUUACGGUCACUUGGAGAAGACCCGAGGAAGUAGUUAUUCCUUCACUGGAAAGGAUGUUGCAGAUAUCAGACAACAGUUUCCAUCAUUAGGAGAAGAUAUUAAGUUUCCAAUAUUCUUCAAAGAGGAGCAGUUCUUUUCCAGUGUAUUUCGAAUUAGUUCACCUGGAUUGCAACUCUGGACUCACUAUGAUGUAAUGGAUAACUUUUUACUGCAAGUGACAGGAAAGAAGCGAGUUACACUGUUUAAUCCUCAAGAUGCACAUUAUUUAUAUUUAUCAGGUUCUAAAUCAGAAGUGCUGAAUAUCGACAGCCCAGACCUGGAUAAGUACCCGCUCUUUCCCAAGGCGAGGAGGUACGAGUGCUCCCUUGAAGCUGGAGAUGUUCUGUUCAUCCCUGCUUUAUGGUUCCAUAAUGUAAUUUCUGAAGAGUUUGGAGUGGGAGUGAAUAUCUUUUGGAAGCACCUUCCAUCGGAAUACUAUGACAAAACAGAUACCUAUGGCAACAAAGAUCCUGUAGCAGCAUCCAGAGCUAUGCAGAUCUUGGACAGAGCUUUGAAAACACUGGCUGAAUUACCAGAUGAAUACAAGGACUUCUAUGCACGCCAAAUGGUCUUACGUAUUCAAGACAAAGCCUACAGCAAGAACUCUGAGUAAAAAAUGAAUGGAAUGUAGUAAAAUUUAAAAAUAAAAAUCAGCUCAAGUAUUUGAAAACUAUAACAAGAUAUAAAUAUGUAAAGAUGCUUUUUAAAAAUAGGAAAGUAUCAGGCUUGUGGUCUACAAGGAGAUGCAUAUCUGAUUUCUAUGUGGUGCAGAUUGAGAAUGCUUAGUGGAGCCAUUCUUUAGCUCUAAGAUGUAACUAAAAUUCAUACUUAAUAAAAAAUAUACUGAAUCACUACAUAAGGUCUAUUAAUGGAAUGGCCUUCUUUGGUCUUUCCAGUGAUUCAGUAGUGCCACCAAAAACUUGUUCACCCCACCCCCACCCCACUCUUUCAGACACAGGAUUGGCAUUAUUCUAGGUCUAGCUAACCUCGUGGUCAUGGGAUGAUUGCCAGGAGCAGCUGGGGCCUUGUGUGUCUUCAUUUGUAUGCAGUGGAGAAGUCUGGCUAGAGUCCACAGGCACGGUCUUCAUGAAGCAGCUUUCCAGAGUCCCCUUAGUUUAACACUCGGAAAUGGCUCAGCCCUGUCCAUCAGGGAACCAAUUGUCAUCGCAUGCUAUAACAUCACACAGGAGUGGGUGCUCUUCCUUGAGGCACAGGAAGUGUAUGAAGAGCAGAAUGGUUAUGUUACAGGGUGCUUUGCAUUAUCAGGACUAAGAAUAAGUAGAUUUGUUGCUGUGAUAGACCAUGAGUUGACAAAUGUCUCUUCUGAUCCUGACUUUUCCUGCUAUCCAAAUGUCUUCCUUUUAGUUAAUAAUAACUCUAAACUUAUUGUUUUCCCAUCAAAUACUUCUCUAGUAUUUCUUUUAGUUUUGUCAAAUACUCUUUUAAAGAUGAAAAAUCCCAUUACUGUAAUCUUUGAAGACAAUAAACUGUAUUCUCUAUACCUAA